AAACUAAAACAAUGGGAAAGGAAAAGACCCACAUCAACAUCGUGGUCAUUGGCCAUGUCGACUCCAUGAAGUCCACCUCCACCGGUCACUUGAUCUACAAGUGCGGAGGAAUUGACAAGAGAACCAUCGAGAAGUUUGAGAAGGAAGCCGCUGAGAUGGGAAAGGGUUCCUUCAAGUACGCCUGGGUGCUGGACAAACUGAAGGCCGAGCGUGAGCGUGGUAUCACCAUCGAUAUCGCUCUGUGGAAGUUCGAGACCAGCAAGUACUACGUGACCAUCAUUGAUGCCCCUGGACACAGAGACUUCAUCAAGAACAUGAUCACUGGUACCUCCCAGGCUGACUGCGCUGUGCUGAUCGUUGCUGCUGGUGUUGGAGAGUUCGAGGCUGGUAUCGCCAAGAACGGCCAGACCCGUGAGCACGCUCUGCUGGCCUUUACCCUGGGUGUGAAGCAGCUCAUCGUUGGAGUCAACAAGAUGGACUCCACCGAGCCCCCCUACAGCCAGAAGCGUUUUGAGGAAAUCACCAAGGAAGUGAGCGCCUACAUCAAGACGAUCGGCUACAACCCCGCCGCCGUUGCCUUCGUCCCCAUCUCUGGAUGGCACGGAGACAACAUGCUGGAGACCAGUGACAAGAUGAGCUGGUUCAAGGGAUGGAAGAUUGAGCGCAAGGAGGGCAAUGCCUCUGGAACCACCCUGCUGGAGGCUCUGGAUGCCAUCCUGCCACCUUCCCGCCCCACUGACAAGCCCCUCCGUCUGCCCCUGCAGGACGUCUACAAGAUUGGCGGUAUCGGAACUGUACCCGUCGGUCGUGUUGAAACUGGUAUCCUGAAGCCCGGCACCGUCGUCACCUUCACCCCUGUCAACCUCACCACCGAGGUGAAGUCCGUGGAGAUGCACCACGAGUCUCCGCCUAAGGCUGUGCCCGGUGAUAACGUUGGCUUCAAUGUCAAGAACGUCUCCAUCAAGGAAAUCCGUCAUGGAUACGCUUUUGGAGACAGCAAGAAUGACCCACCCAAGGGUGCUAAGAGCUUGACAUGUCCACAGGUCAUCCUAAAUCCCCCAGGCCAGACCACACAGAAUACAGGUAGAGAAGAAGAGAAACGUAAUGAUAAUGAUAUGGACAUUGAUGUAGAAGAGAAAGAUAAUGACAAUGAUAUGGACAUUGAUGUAGAAGAGAAAGAUAAUGACAAUGAUAUGGACAUUGAUGUAGAAGAGAAAGAUAAUGACAAUGAUAUGGACAUUGAUGUAGAAGAGAAAGAUAAUGACAAUGAUAUGGACAUUGAUGUAGAAGAGAAAGAUAAUUACAAUGAUAUGGAUAUUGAUGGCUAA